GUCUGCGGGCUAUGGGUAACCAGAGCACCUGACUCCAGGAUAUCUUUCCUGAGUGUGGUCCAGGCAGAGGUCACCAACCCUGGAACUCCAGCAGAAGGGACUAGAGAUCCUCUGGCCCAGUGGCUCUCAACCUGGCUGCCCUCUGGGAUGCCCUGGUGACCUUUCAACAUGCACGGCCCCAGGAAAAGGAAACAGUCAGAGGGGGGUGACCCCUUAGACCCACCUGUGUCCCCUCAACCUGACGGUGAGCAGAGCAGGAGCCAGAGCCCAAUCCAGCUGGAGGACUCCCCUGAGGCAGGCGGGGAGCUGGAGGAGGAGCAGGAGCGAGAGGAGGAGCAGGCUUUCCUGGUCAGCCUCUACAAGUUCAUGAAGGAGCGACACACACCCAUUGAGAGGCUGCCUCAUCUUGGCUUCAAGCAGAUUAACCUGUGGAAGAUCUACAAGGCAGUGGAGAAACUGGGGGCCUAUGAGAUGGUGACCGGCCGCCGUCUCUGGAAGAACGUGUAUGACGAGCUGGGGGGCAGCCCAGGCAGCACCAGUGCGGCCACGUGCACACGCCGCCACUAUGAGAGGCUUGUCCUUCCAUACGUGCGGCACCUGAAGGGAGAGGAUGACAAGCCACUGCCUCCCUCCAAGCCCAGGAAGCAAUAUAAAAUGGCCAAGGAGCCUCGGGGGGACGAUGGGGCCGCCGAGAGGCCAAAGAAGGCCAAGGAGGAGAAACCAGUGGGCCAGAUGAUGCCAGCAAAGAACAAGAUGGAUACAGUCGAUCUGGUGAGACCCCUCAGCCAAGAGUACCCCCAGGAUGACCCUGAACAGCCAGGCCCAGCUCUUGGGUCCUCUCUACCCUUUGUGGGUGUCAGUGGCUGCCCUGAGGCCUACAAGCGGCUCCUGUCCAACUUUUACUGCAAAGGCACCCAUGGGAUCAUGUCGCCACUGGCCAAAAAGAAGCUCCUGGCUCAGGUGAGCCGGGCAGAAGCCUUGCGUUGCCGGGAGGAGAGCUGCUGCCACGGGACAGGCAGCCCCGAUGGGGAGCCCCCGGUGUCCCCCGCUGCUCGCCCCCCAGAGAGUCCCCGGAGCCCAGGAGGGCCACCUGAGAACCACAGGCACCGGCUGGCCCCUCAGGAGGGACCACAGGCCUCUGGUGGCAGCCUCAGGGAGGAGGCUCAGGAGGGCCCCCACCCACCGGCCCCUGUCUUCACUGGCUGUUUCCACGCCUAUCCCACCAAGGUUCUGAAGCCCAUCAGCCAGCACCCCCGGGACUUCUUUCCCCAUCUCAAAGAUGGGGUGCUUUUGGGGUCCCCUGGCAAAGAGGAGGGGCUGCCAGUGAAAGCGCCCUCGCUGGUAUGGGGUGGGGAUAUCAACCGUCCUUCUGCAUUCCACAGAGGUGACUCCAGAAAAGGCAACCUCUAUCCCAAGCCCAAAGCCUGCUGGGUGUCCCCCAUGGCCAAGGUUCCUGCCGAGAGCCCCAUGCCCCUGCCCACUUUCCCCAGCAGCCCAGGCCUCAGCAAGCGUGGCCAGGAGGAAGAGGGCUUUGCCCCUGGUGGCAAAAAACUGCGGGCAGUGUCUCCCUUUCUCAAGGAGGUGGAUGCCAAGGAGUACGGGGUCAAGUCCAUGGGGCCAGGCUUGGCUGUCUCCUGCCUGCUGAGCCCAGCCCUGGGGCCUGCCCUCCCAGAUACCUACAGGGGCACCAUGCUGCGCUGCCCACUGAACUUCACCAGCACCCCUGACCCCUUAAAAGGCCAGGCUACGCUCCCCUUCAGCCCCCUGGUCAUCCCAGCCUUCCCAGCUCACUUCCUGGCCACUACAGCACCCCCGCCCAUGGCCACUGGCCUUAUGCACUUUCCCCCACCAUCCUUUGACAGUGCCCUCCGCCAUAGACUUUGCCCAGCCUCGUCUGCAUGGCACAUGCCACCUGCCACAACCUAUGCAGCGCCCCACUUCUCUUUCCACCUUAACACCAAGUUGUAGGUCGGAGCUUGCUAUUCCGUGGAGGGUCUGACACAUACCCCCCGAGAUGGGAGGUACUGCCAGGGGGCUCUGGGCUGGAAGCGCAUUCUGCAGGAGAGCUCGGCUGUGCCCAACGCAGGAACGGGCCCUCGGCAGGGCAGCCUAACACAGAGGGAGGCCGUGGGAAAACCGGGCUUGUCUCACGGUCACAGCCUGAGUCUGGGGGCUGGGGAUCCAGUUGUGGGAAGGCCUUGGGAGGAGACAGUGCAGGGCUGGGGCCCCCAGAGUGGAGGCCAGUAAUGGGGUGAGGGGCUGAGAAGCCGGACAGCAGCUUGGGGCAUCCAGGUACACACAGAAAACCCAAUAAAAUGCCAGUGUAAACCCAC